UAACUUGUUUGUUUGUUUAACGGAACACAUGGAAACAACGCUCAAGCUUCGCUCGCGUUCCUUCCCCAUGAGAACCGAGUCACCAUGUCCAUGUUGCGCGCAUCGCGGCAGCCAUGGCGUUGGGUACGGGUAGCGGCCGUGUUCUGCAUCGUGCUGCUUAUCCUCAGCGUUGCCCGCGAUAGUCAAUCGCUCUCCGCGACGACCUGGGCCUCUCAAGAUGACGAGGCCUCGGACAUCUGCCGCCCGCACGGCUGGAAACCCUUCCGCACAAAGGACCCCGGCAAACCACGCAAGGUGUACGACCUGAUGAUGUUCAACACGGAGCUUGACCACCUAGAGAUCCGCCUCAACAGCACGUGGGACGAAGUCGAUUUCUUCGUCCUGGUCGAGAGCCGCAAGACAUUCACCAGCCACGAGAAGCCCCUUACCCUGCUCGACAAUUUCGACCGAUUCGGGCCGUACCAUUCCAAGAUGAUAUACCACGAGAUCGAAUACCCGCCCGACUUCAAGCCGCGCAGGGCCUGGGACAUGGAGGAUCACCAGCGCAACAGCAUGCUGACCCAGGUCUUCCCCCGCCUUACGGGGCGCCACGAACCGCAGGAGGGGGACGUGCUUGUCGUGUCGGACGUGGACGAGAUCCCGAAGCCGUCGACGCUGCGCCUGCUCCGGGCGUGCCACUUCCCGCGGCGCCUCACGCUCUACUCGCGCUUCUACUACUACUCGUUCCAGUGGCUGCACCGCGGGCCCGAGUGGCCGCACCCGCAGGCGACCUACUACCAGGGCCUGCGGCGCACGCUGCGGCCCAACGACCUGCGCAUCGCCGACGGCGGCAUGCGGCCGUUUCGCGAGUGGGAGAAGGGCGGGCUGGCGAACGCGAGCUGGCACUGCUCCUCGUGCUUCCAGACGGUGGGCGAGCUGCUGGGCAAGAUGGCCUCGUUCUCGCACACGAGCCUGAACGCGGAAAAAUAUCGGGAUAAGCAGAGGAUCGUGGAUCAUGUCAGAAAGGGGAUCGACCUGUGGGAUCGUGAGGGGGAGAUGUUUGACCGAGUGGAAGGGAAUACCGAUGUGCCUCCAUUCCUGUUGGAGAAUAGGGAGCGGUUUAGGUAUAUGCUCAACAGGGACGGGCCGACGGCGGGAUUCACAGAUGUAGAGGUAUAGAAGUAUGGCUGGUGCUGGUGAUCAAGCACACACACACACACAGAGACGUGGAUGAGGUGGCUCGACGAAGUCGUGAUGAUGUUGGAGAUGGAUGUGGUCAAUAAACACAUGGCCGCACGCAGAGCCAAGAUAGCCAAGAAACGCUGUAAAGCGCAUGUAUCCGUCCAUUCUUGGCAGGUAACUCCACCAUCAUCACCAAAGCCCUCGGUACUGACCGCCCUCGCCUAAGUGAAGUCUUCUAUCCGUACUAGAUCCCUUUU